AUGAUCUGUUAUGGGUUUUCUUAUCUGGCACAAGCUCUAAAUAUGGAGCUACAUAUGACCCCGAUUGACCUUCUUCGAGACUCCUGCUUCAAACCUUCCAUUAGCCUUGACGAGCAAUCACCGUCGAGGGGCCGGUAUAUUAGGCAGCGGAGGAGCGGAAAUUUUGACUCGAAGCUCCUCGCAAGCAAUAUCUUAUCCUCAACUAUGUCUAAUUGGGAUGCUUCACUGAAAGUCUUGAGAAACAAGGCCCCUGCUGUUGCUGAGCCUUCUAUCGCUGCGGCCUUAGACGCGCGCAUUGCAGCUGCCGAGAGGGAAUUCGAUGCGUCGCUUGUCUGGCUCAUCUUAUAUCCAGAUGGUACCAACCUCCAUCUUGGGACCAACGGGCUUCAGCACUAUGGAGUGGGCCCGUCCAGGAAUAUCGGACACGGUGCUUUCAAAGGAUUCCAACAUAGUCUAUUCUUCGGCCCUUACACUCUCCGAGUCACUGCAACGAGUGCGCACCUGUACAACCCGUUUGGCAUUGCCGUCUACGAAGGCACAGGCUAUGCUCAACCUUCAAUUCGUGGGUUCUGGUCGAUGGUGUUUUAA